GCAACUGCGCCAGAGCAUGUGACAGACUGUAACUUCCAGUUGAACACCUCCUGCCUGCGUACACUCUCAUAAAGCAGUUUGGUAGAGAGGAGACGCGCUGUACUUCGAGUUGAAAACUACGAAUCAAAGAUGGAGUGUGGAAUCAUUGCUUCUAAAACCGUGUUACUGCUAAUCAGCCUUAUAUUUUGGGCGAUAGCAGCUGGUCUGUCAUAUGUGGGGGCGUACUUGAUCCAGAGCUACAGCAACUUCCGAGACUUCGUCCAGGACAAGAAUGCCAUCAUCCCCGCAGCCAUCGUCAUCACGGUCGCCGUGGUGAUGUUCAUCAUCGGCCUUGUCGGCUGCAUCGCUACCAUCAAGGAGUCGAAGUGUGGUCUGGGCGUGUUCCUGUUCAUCAUUCUCAUCAUAUUUGUGGCAGAAGUGGCCGCUGUCUUGUGCGGCUUCCUGUUCUCACGAAGGAUUAAAGGAAGCCUGGAACAGUCGAUGAGUCUAACGUUUGGCAAAUAUGAUGGCAACAGUGCAGCGAGCAAGGCUGUGGAUACCCUACAGGAAAAGUUUGAGUGCUGUGGAGUGACCAACUACACCAACUGGAGCAACACCACCUGGUACAGAAGUCACAACAACACUGUUCCCGCAUCCUGCUGCAAGAACGCCACCGGUGUCUGCCCCAAGACUCUGGACCAGCCAACCUUCCUCAAUACUCAGGGCUGUGAGGCGAAGGUGGAGAAAGCCAUCCAGGAUGUUCUGAGCUACGCCCUGCUGGUUGUCUUGGGUAUUGCAAUCCUCAAGUUGGUCGGGAUGAUCUCCAUUUGCGUCAUCAUGUGUAAGAGUGACAGGAGUGGCUAUGAGCAGUUCUACGCGUAAUUCUACACAUACAAACCUGAUGAGCGAGAGCCACGUGGCAUAUCAUCCACUGAAGAAGCAAGACUCCUACACACUCACACACAUACACACACUCCAACACACACACACACAUACACACACAGCCUUACAGCCUUAUAAGAGAAAAAAAGAUGGUGUCUUUUUUAUUUUUUUAUGUACUCUGUUUUAGAUGUUUAUAUGCAGAACAUUUGUCACAUAUUUUAAUGUGUUCUUAAAUUUGGAGGGAAAUGAAUCCACCUGCUUGAGAGGACAGGCAUCCUCGCACAUCAAAGGUCUGCAUAUCUACCGCCCUGUUGCAUAGCAGAGUAUUUCUACCAUGGUUACUGCUCUUAGAGGGUCCAGCUCAACACUGCUACCUCCCAUCCUCUCCUUCUGUUUGCGACCUCAAAAUGUCAUCGAUAGCAGCGAUUUUGAAAAAAGCGCAAUUCAGAGGUCAUUUUCUCAUUUGUAAUUGGGAUGUUGAACGGGGAUCAUAAGUCUCCCCAAAAUUUGCUCCUUCUAGGCUGACAGCGGUGAAGGUUCAUUAUUUCCUCCACAGAGACAAAGAGGCACGCGAAAGGAAAGGAUGGAAGGUAUUAGUCUGACUUGGACCCAGAGUCUGUGAACUGUACUUGUUACAGUUACUGAUGUACUCACUUUCCUUCAUAGCAUGUUAUAGGUUUCAGUGCUGACGUCAGAUGCUGCUUUGUUUUUUGCAUCCCUUGCUACGUCCCUACAGUGAAAUACUGUAAAUACUUGUUGAACUGCUACUACUUUGACUUUAUUACUGUAUUUAUCUUUGAGAAAGAGAGAGAGAGAGAGAGAGAGGGCGACGAGGCACUAGUAUCACUUGAAUCUUCUUUCAAAUAAUCUUUGAGUUGCACUUCACAUUUGCCAAAAUGAGGACUGGUGUUGGGUCGUCUAGCGCAAUGGAUUUUUUUUUUUUUUUUUCAAAGUAGCCACACCGUAGGAAUUGAACCACUGAUUGGCUUACUGCAGCUCUUUUACAGUAACUGUUUUGGCCUUGUUAAUAUCACCACAGUAUAUUUGCAACGGUUGUUGAUUUUAAAUAUAGUCCCUGGUUUGAACUUAUUUUGAUGCAACUUCUGUAUUUGAUGUAGGCCUACAGUACGUGUCAGGAGUAGGCCUCUGCAGACAUAGAUAAAAUAUGGUCAGCCUAUCGCUCUACAGUAACUGAUACCCAGGAACCCAGCUCGCAGGAAAUACCAGCUGUGGCUUUCGAUAACCCUUGCGAGUCAACGACUUUUUUUUAUUUUGGCGCAAAAUAAUUUUGAUACUCUCCAUGAAAAAAAAUAAAAUUGAAAUAUUUUAGAACCCAACCAGACUCACUUUAACAUCAUGUGUAAAGCAAGGUCAUGUAAAUUAAAUAGAAAUGUGCAUUUUUAUAUUUUUGGGGAAUUUAACAGACAGGACAGCCAGUAGUGUGUGUUGUUAUGAUUAUUUUGAUGAGUUGUCUUCCCAUUAAGCCUUAAAUUCUGUCAUGUACUUACAUGUUAAAUUAAUGCGGUUUAUCUCCAUGUCAGUGAAAUUAUUUUCUAAAUAAAAUCAAGAUAUUUAAUGACCUUACAA